CCCAUCUUGUGGGAGCGAAACCAACGCCUGGCUCGGAGCAGCAGCAGUGGCGCGGACGCUGAGGGUUUCUCUGGCCAGUGUGUCUCCCUCCGGUCUACAGCAUGGGGAAUAUCUUCGCAAACCUCUUUAAGGGCCUUUUUGGCAAAAAAGAAAUGCGCAUUCUGAUGGUGGGCCUGGAUGCUGCAUGGAAGACCACCAUCCUGUACAAACUGAAGUUGGGUGAGAUCGUGACCACCAUCCCCACCAUAGGUUUCAAUGUGGAAACUGUGGAGUACAAGAACAUCAGCUUCACCGUGUGGGACGUGGGCGGUCAGGACAAGAUCCGGCCUCUGUGGAGCCACUACUUCCAGAACACCCAAGGUCUCAUCUUUGUGGUUGACAGCAACGACCGAGAUCGUGUCAAUGAGGCCCGAGAGGAGCUCAUGCGGAUGCUGGCAGAGGACGAGCUCAGGGAUGCUGUUCUCCUCGUGUUUGCAAACAAGCAGGACCUCCCCAAUGCCAUGAAUGCAGCGGAGAUCACGGACAAGCUGGGCCUGCACUCUCUGCACCACAGGAACUGGUACAUUCAGGCGACCUGUGCUACCAGUGGGGACGGGCUCUAUGAGGGACUGGACUGGCUGUCCAAUCAGCUCCGGAACCAGAAGUGAGCCGCACUCUUCUCUCCCCCCUCACUCCCUCCUUCACCCUCGUUUUUCCUCUCAUGUGGCAGCCGUGCCCCUGUGGUGUGAGUGCCAGAAGCUGUCUCCAUGGUCGGUCCCAGUGUGCUUCACCAUGCUGUACAUGUGCAGACGCAGCCUGCAACUGGGUUUUUAUUUAAUGUAAAUAGUUUUUGUUUCCAAUGAGGCAGUUUCUGGUACUCCUAUGCAAUAUGACUCCGCUUUUUUUAUUGUAAAAUGAGAAUCAACCCACUGUCUAGUACUGAGAAGGGAUUUUAGGCACCAGGGCCUCUAGGAGUAGCUGUCAGAUCAGUCCAACACUCCUCUGGGCUUUAGAUUUGUGUUGAGAUCCAUUUUGAUGGUUGAUUUUUAACCCAAGCUCAGUGCAUUUUUUAAAAUAGUUACAAAUACAAGAUAAAGAGACACUUGAACACAGAGAAGGGGGAAAUGUGCCUACUGUAGGUUCUGUAGUAAUGGCUUGAGUCCAGUCUACCCAUGGUCUCUUUCGCGUCUGGAGCAUGUGGUGGGCUGAA